UUGGUAAAUCCCUCUUCGUCUUUUGAGAGCAAAUGACACAAUCAAGGCCACAUGAUUUCCUAUUCGUUAUUUAUGUUUGCGAUAAGAUUUGUGUCUAUAAAUAAACCUGUCAGUGGAAUCUAGUGAUGGGCCUCCUGUGGUAAGCCAAUCUUGCAAACAGCAGCUGAGGAUCAUGUUUCAUCGUACACACAUAAUUCAGUCAAAACACUGGUGUGGCGUUCAAAUCUCCAAGAGUCUAUUUUCGGUACCAAAAUAGAGUCCAAAAUUAGCUAUUGAGUAUUUAUUUUACCGAAGGAAAAGACCUAUUUUUGAUUUCUACGUUUUGCAUUUUAAUCGACGCAAAACGCAGUUUCGUGAUCUCGUUGUUUGAGGAUGGCGUCGUGUCACGCUUGGAUUUCAAUAUUCGUCUUAUUAGCAACGUUUACUUUAACAUUUGGUCAACAAUGUGCACCGUUAAAAGGCACUUUUCGCCAGCAAUGUGCUGUUACAGGGUACAACCAGACAUUCCGAAUUCCUUAUAAGAUGGACCCAGAGGCAAGCGAGUUUAUUAGUGACUUCAUCACUGAAUCUUUCCAUGAAAUGGAGAACUGUUCUGUAGGUGCAAUCGGAGAGACAAUAAUUUGUUCAGUGAUCUACGCACCGCGUUGCAUUGAAGGACAAAGUCAACCUCAAGUGCCAUGUCGAAGGGUUUGCUCCGAGUACCUUUACCGAUGUGUCGAAUCCAAGGAGGGUAAUAUAUUUUCUUUGUGGGGACCGUAUUUGUACGGAUUGUGUACUUUGUUGCCYAACGAAACAUCGUCGACUGGAAAUUGCUAUGAACCACCAGGCUUUGAGCAACACUUUAAUUCCUCUGCUAGCGAUUUAAUUCAAGGCAACUGCUUUCCAAACAUCUUUCCGUAUUGCCAAAAUAUAAGCUACAACUAUACAGUGAUGCCAACUUAUAUGCAAAUCCAUCUCUACGAGAUCUUUUACGAUAAGAACUAUACUGGAAAUCCGGUUAUCGAUGCACAGUUCAGUAAUACAACGUACAUCCAUAGGUACGACCUUUGGCUGAAGAAAUAUCCUAAAUGCGCCCAGAUGCUCAAAAUGCUGUUCUGCUCAGACCGAAUUCCGCCAUGUUUUCUUGGCGAAGAGUCAACCCUUUAUACAAUAUGCAAGUCUGUUUGUAAAUCACUCUUAACGGUGUGCCCUGAAUUGAAGGAUACCUAUUUAAAAUGGUACCUUGGAGAGUGUGAGAUUUCACCGAAUGGGAACACCUCACAUGGUUUUUGUAAAAUCACAGAAUGGCCAAAUCCACAUGACUGGCUUAACCAAGAGGAAUAUUUUGGAAUUAAGCCUACGACUAAGCCACCUCCAAAAAAGUCCAUAGGAGCAGGAGUCAUAGUUGCUGCUGUUUUGGUGCCAAUAAUUGUGGUUCUUCUACUCAUCGUUGGUGUGUAUUUGUGGAGGAAUCGUAUGCUUCCAUGGCGUUACUUYGGUCUUAAGGCAGACGAUAGAAGAGAUCUAGUAACAUAAAAAYCUUCAUCGUARGCAUUUUUUGGAAAUAUGGCGCCGAUACUGUCAUGGUCGGCGAAAACGAGUUCUCAAAAGCCAGUCUUUCGUUCGUGGUUUUGUUUUGUCGAGUUCUUUUACAGAAAAUAACAUAAAAUACAAAUCUCGAACUUUCAUGAAUACCACGUAUGCGAUUUUCCUGGUCUUGAUAUAAAGACUUUGAGUCCUCGUUAUCGUACUUCAGGAUCAUUCCGUCGAUCGGCAGCCGUGACCAACAUUUUUAAAAGCCAUAAAGCAAAGCAUGAUGGGAAGUAGGUCUUUUUCAGUGUCCGCUCAAAUUAUCUCUCAAUCUCMGUUUUUGAUGUCGUUCGCUUUGCAYUGCAGUAAAGGCGCACUUGCAUUUGGCUACAGAAACAGAAAACUGUCUUUARGCGCGAUCCAUUAGAAUUUUGAGAGUGGCGGGAGUCAAAAUCUUCCCUCUCUUUCAAAAGUCUAAUGGAUCGCCCCUUAGUAGCGGGUUAGUAAAAAGAGAUUUUUGAUCAUGUUUUCUGGAAAACUUAUGGUAUUAGUUAGAAUCUACAGUGACAAGAAAUUUAUCAUUUCAUUCACUAAUGAGUUUUAUAUUCAAUAUCGAAUUUCACAUUAUCAUAUAAACGAUGCAUUCUUAUAUAAUUCUACGGUAUCAUCAAAAAUAUAAUCAUUUCAUAUGAACAACUAAUUAAUGUUAUGAACUAAUUUUUUAUGCUUAURAACUUCCCGACGUGGACUUUGUAAAUUAAGUCUUAGAAUUAAAAUGUCAAUUCCUCAUCAGGCGCCUUUCCACCUUUUCCACCUUUUAUGGCUAUGGGCUUUUUGAUUUCCGAUAGGCCGACCGUAGGGGGUUAUGGGAUAACGUCACCUCUGAGGUGCCCAUGACCUUUAACCGGCCAAUAUGAUACCAUAGGGAUCUCAGAAGGACAAGUACUUUAUCAAAUACUCACAUUCAUCGGCAGGGUAAAAAUUAAAAGCGUUUCACAUGAAAUUGCUAUAUAUCAAUAAAAAACACACGACCUUAUCGAGGAGUGAGGGAGGAAAUAAUGCAAUAGACCUGGGUGAUUGAUUUGCGACCAGGCCUUCAUAUGAAUUCGCCAAGGUUGUAAGCCAGUGAGCCCGUGCAUUUUUGUUAAGCGGUCAUAUUUGAAA